AUGAUCCAUCCCUCCCUCCCCUCUCCACCCUGUGCCUGUCCUCAAUCCCGUGUGUUCACUCUCUCUGAGAUAGUCAGUCUCCGUACCGUGCUUCCCACUCCUAUUCCCACCCUCACUCCCGUCCGUCCUUCACCUGGGCUAUCUGUCUUGCCGUGUGCCCGUCUCACCACUCACUUCACUCCCCCAUUCCUUUUCUCUCCACACGUCCUUUCAACCCUUCCGGUUCCUGUCGUUCCCUUUUCUAAAAACUUACCUUAA